UGGGGCCACAGAAAACAAUUCCACACCAUCCUCUGGAUAGCCCUUCAAGUACUUGAAGAUGGUGAUCGUAUCACCUCUCAGCCACCUGCUCUCCAGGCUAAAAGAAUUUUCAGGAAACAGCAACAUGGAGAAAGACACUUGGUUUUAACCAAUUUAACUAUACAUUUUGAUGUAAACCAGGAUGAUGCCAGGGAGAGCAAAAGGCUUUUUGUUUUUUUUAAAAAGGCUGCAAAUUAGACCUUUAGAUUGUUUGAACAGACAUUGACCAAGCUCAAGGCCCAACAGCAGAAAGCGUAAUACUGUCUGUUUGACAACAGUUAAUGAUCCACAUUAGAUUCUUGAAUAAGAUGCCCCAGAAUUCGUUAAGGAGUUGGACUCUUAAAUGGGUAGCAGAGAAAGCUAAAAAAGGCGUACCAUUAGCUGAUAUUAAAAACAGAACACUGGCUGAGAGGAAUCCCUGUGUUAUUAGUAUGCUUCCGCAUCGUGUGGAAUAUUCAUGCCAAAAGCUUGUUCCAAGUUUAACAAUUCUUUAUGGGGAAACCUCAACAACAAGCUGAUAAAAUUUGGGAAUUGGUUACAUAUUCACCCGACUAUUAAGCUGGGAACAGUGUGAUAUUUGGGUCAUCAGACCCAGGGAGCAGGAUGGGAGGGGAUCCACAAAUACGGAUAUAAGCCACCUAACCUUUUGAGAGAACCAAGUUUGCUGGUGUGAGGUCUUCCAGCUGGACUGACGCUGAGCAGGAGAGAACCACCCAUUUUGCUGGUCUUGCUUCUUCUUCUCGUUUCUAGACUGAAAGCUGCAGCCAUGAAGAUCCAGCUUCUUGCCACUUUCUUCUUCAUGCUCGUCACAGUGAAUGAAGCCAGAGUGUAUGAGAAAUGUGAACUAGCAAUGGCGCUGAGAAACGGAGGCCUGGAUGGUUAUUAUGGCUACAGCUUGGAGAACUGGAUCUGUAUGGCUUAUCAUGAAAGCCGCUACGACUCCAGGGCUGUGGGGAGAGGCAACAGUGAUGGCAGCGUGGACUAUGGGAUUUUUCAGAUCAACAGCCGUUGGUGGUGCUCCAAUGAAGAGGGCAGAACAGCCAAUGGCUGUCAGACCUCCUGCAGCAGUUUCCUGGAUGAUGAUAUUAGCAAUGAUAUCGAGUGCGCUAAGAGAGUGGUCCGUGACCCCAACAGGAUGGAUGCCUGGGUAGCUUGGAGGAAAUACUGCAAAGGCCGAGACCUCUCACAGUGGAUUGCAGGCUGCUAGCUCCGAGUUCCAUGAUGCUGAAUAAAAUCCAAGGAUUUCUCUGAUUAUCCUGCAACUAAAAUGAUACCAGCCUUCUUUCCGUUCGUGAUUCCUUCUUUGCAAGCAAUUGCAAUUGGCACCCCCUUUGCUUCGGAAGAUGGCCUUCUUUGCAUACGAAAGAGGGAAUUGUUUGAGCUGUGUCUUGGGUGAGCAGGGGAGCGUGGGUCUAGUUUGAGGAUAUGGGAUUUCUCUGCUUGAAAAUCUUCAAUAAAUUGUGUAGAAGCAUAUCACAUUCCUUUGGUUUUCGUGCAAGUAUGCGUCCAGUGUGGACCACUGAGUGGAAGUUACAGAACUUGCACUGUCAACAGUUCCCUGUGUCAAGCAUGAUAUUUCUGAGUAUUAAUUUAGUAUGCAUUUGGUGUUCAUACUUCCCCCCUCCUCAUCCCUCCUAUCCCUCUUCUCUGAAUAAAGAUUUCUCUUCAAAGCUCCCCAACCUGUGGACUCUCAAGGAUGCAGGAUAUGCAAGUAAUCUUCCUACUGUAAAGUAGAAGCACCUCCCCCGUGUUCCCAUACAUAUCAGCAAGUCAGGAAUGUGUGGGAACCGAGAGAUGUUAUAGUAUCCAAAUGGUUAGCUGAUAGUAUGCUUUGAACCUUCUAUGCAAUUCGCAUCUGUAUGUUAUGUUUUGAAGCUAUCUGAACUGUGCCUUUGAAGUAGCCUUUAAGAUGCCAUGCUAUGUAACAUUCUGUAUCACUUCCAAGGUAUCGUUCCUUGCGCAAGUAUUGGAUUAUCAAUGAAAUGAGCCUUUGAUUUCAA